AUGUUCAGCCGCAACGCGACAAAGGCUGCCCGCGCGGCGCCAAGCAUUCGCAAAUUCGCGACUGAGGCUCCCGUUGCCUCCGCGCGCAACCACAAGGUCGUCGUAGUCGGCGGUGGUUCUGCCGGUCUGGCGAUCAGCCACCAGCUGCUUCACUCCGGCAAGUUCUCACAGGAUGAUAUCGCGGUUGUCGACCCCGCCGAGUUCCACCAUUACCAACCGGGCUGGACCCUGGUGGGUGGUGGUCUCAAGACCAAGGAGGAGCUUCGACGCCCUAUGAAGAGCUUGAUCGACCCCAAGCUUAAGCACUACGUUGACAGCGUGGCAUCAUUCUCUCCCGAAAAAAAUGCCGUUAAGCUCGGCAACGGCGACAGCGUCAGCUACGAACAACUCAUCGUUGCCCCCGGCCUCGCCCUUAACUGGGGAAAUAUCAAGGGUCUGCAGGAGGCUCUGGCCGAUAAGAGCACCCCGGUCUCUUCCAUCUAUGGCUAUGACACUGUCAGCAAGGUGUUCGGCACCAUCCAGAAGCUGGAGAAGGGCAACGCUUACUUCACCCAGCCCGCAGGCGCUAUCAAGUGCGCCGGUGCGCCGCAGAAGAUCAUGUGGUUGGCCCUGGACCACUGGAAGCGCGCAGGCCGCUACGACCCCAGCAACCCGGCCAAUUCGGACAUCAAAAUCAACUUCGCGACUGGUACGCCGGUCAUGUUCGGUGUGCCCAAGUACAACAAGGCCCUGACCGCCAUGCAGCAGGAGCGCGGCGUGAACGGCCUCUUCCAGCACGACCUGAUCUCCAUCGAUGGUGACAAGGCCACUUUCGCUCUCCCUGACGGCCAGUCUGCGACCAAGCAGUUCGAUUUGCUGCACGUGGUGCCCAAGAUGGGAGCCCCUGCGUUCGUCAAGAACAGUGCUCUCGCCAACGAGUCCGGCUUCGUCGAUGUCGACGACGGCACCACCCAGCACAAGAAGUACGCCAAUGUCUGGUCCGCCGGUGAUGCGUCCAGUCUACCUACCUCCAAGACCGCCGCUGCCGUCACCGCUCAGACUCCCGUGGUCGUGCGCAACCUUUUGCAAGCGAUGGAGGGCAAGAAGCCCGAUGCCGUGUACGACGGAUACACCUCGUGCCCGCUGCUGACCGAGUACGGUAAAGUCCUUCUGGCCGAGUUCAAGUACGGCGGUGUGCCCAAGGAGACAUUUGGCAACUGGUUCGGCAUCGACCAGGCCAUACCCCGCCGCUCCUUCUACUACCUGAAGAAGGACUUCUUCCCCUGGGUGUACUACAACUCAAUGGUGAAGGGUGAAUGGGCUGGGCCUAAGGGCUGGACGAACUAG